UAGGAGAUUGGGCUGUGCCUGAGCACCUGGUGAGAGGAUGGAGCGCUUUGUCCGCGUUCCCUAUGGCUUGUACCAGGGGUAUGGGAACACACUGUCUUUGGGUCAGCCUGGACUCCCAGGGCACAAACAGCCCAACUGGAGGCAAAAUAUGGGCCCCCCCACUUUCCUGGCUAGGCCAGGGCUGCUGGUGCCCGCGAAUGCCUCUGACUACUGCGUGGACCCUUACAAGAGGGCGCAGCUUAAGGCCAUUCUCUCCCAGAUGAACCCCAGCCUGAGCCCGCGGCUGUGCAAGGCCAACACCAGGGAGGUGGGCGUGCAGGUGAGCCCGCGGGUGGACAAGUCCGUGCAGUGCUCGCUGGGGCCCCGCACCCUGCGCAGACGCUCCUCCUGGGACUGCACCGGCCACAGGGAGCCCCUGCCGGCCGCCGGGGUCUACUCCUCGGUCGUCGGCCGCAGGGGCUUGAUCCGGCUGCCGGAAGAUGGGGACAACAAGGAGCAUCAGGGCCCUGCCCAGGCCAGCCGGCAGCAGCCACCAGCGCCAAGGUCAGAAGACGACAGGCAGGAGGAGCCGGGACAGCCUGAUGAGCUGGAGGAGGAAGAUGCCCCCCACCUUCAGGAAAGGAAGAGCAGACAGGUGCGUGGAGUCGCAGCCGCCAAUCCGCUGCGGAAGCCCAACUUCCAGUUUUUGGAACCAAAAUAUGGCUAUUUUCACUGUAAAGAUUGUAAGACCAGGUGGGAGAGUGCUUAUGUGUGGUGCAUUUCUGGAACUAAUAAGGUUUAUUUCAAACAACUCUGUUGCAAAUGCCAAAAGAGUUUUAACCCUUAUCGAGUAGAAGCAAUCCAAUGUCAGACCUGCUCAAAGUCUCGUUGCUCCUGUCCUCAAAAGAAAAGACACAUUGAUCUAAGGAGGCCUCAUCGACAGGAACUGUGUGGUCGCUGCAAAGACAAGAGAUUCUCCUGUGGCCACAUUCACAGCUUUAAAUACAUCGUGUGA